AUGUCUACCUUCGCCUUUCGUUAUGGUAUCCUUGAGGAUUUUGGUCCCCAAAGCAUAACAUACUAUGAUCUGAAAAUGAUCUUUGUCAACUUUCUGCCAAUGAUCCUUGCAGUUAUCGUCUCCAUUGUGUUUAAUGCUUUGACACUGCGUAAUGUUCUCAUACAUCGAAGAAAACGGCAAGAUGGAGAUGCGACAGAAAGAUCCAACCCACCCAUCCUCAAAUACCUACUCCUCACAAAUUCCAGCUCAGUAUUGAUGAUCUUUGGAAACGGAUGGGCCCUCUAUUCCUAUACCAAGUACUACCUCCUACAAAUAAAUGACCACGAACUUUAUCCUGACCUCUUUGUGCCCAUCAGCGAGGUCAUGGAGACGAUUCAUAAGAAAUUUUUUCUUACGAGAUUCAUGAUGGAUGUAAAUCCGGAUGGAGUGAUAAUCAACGGUGGCUUUUUCGUAACUAUUCCAAUCGUUGGGAUGUAUUUCUUUGCCUUUUUUGGACUUGGGGCGGAGGCAAGGAAGAUGCAUCGAGAGAAUGUCAAAUGGGUUGCACACUUGUUGGGCUGGAGACAAGAGGGCAAAGAGGAAGAAGAGUGUCCCGCCCCAAAACAGUCCCACGGCUUCCUUCAAAAGAAGAUAUUUUUAAGCAUCUUCAAGCGGGUGCUUCCGUCAAAUCGUAAUAGAAGGGUGCCUGUGGAUCCCUUCGAACUUCCAAGCAAUACCUCGUCACAAUGUUUAGAGAAGGGAGUCCUCGAUGUCGGUCCUAAUACAGCGGGCAAAGUCGGAAGAACAGAUCAAGUCCUUGCGGAUCCCCCACCGAGGCGCUCGAUGCACAAGUCACCACUUCCUCCUUCCCUCCCAUCACCUAGUACACCGAUUGAAGGCGGGAAAGCCCAAAGAUAUAGUGCAGUCACUCCCGUGCAGGACGAACCACCCCCUUUCCUUCCACUUUCCUCCACCGUAACCGAUGGUGUUGUGCCAACUGGAUUACGUUCUCUAUUGCGUCCACAACGCAAGCCACCACUUCCUCCUCCAAGCCAUCAUGCAAAUUCCAUUGGCAAUGGAGAGCAGAGUCACCCGCAGUCUCUUGCCUUACCGGUUCCUCCUCCAGCUUACACACCAGAGACCCUUUCAAGAGAACGUCAGUACUGGGAUAUGACUGCAUUCUACAAUCUGCCGGCGGAAGGAACUCUUCAAGUGUUGGCUCACUUGCGAAUGCCAGACUUGUACACUUUCCAGCGCAUCUGCUCUCAUUUUCAUCUCGUCAUAAAGCAAAAUGAGGCAUCCGUAUAUCGGUCCGCUGCUAUAUUUCAUGGCUAUGUGUCCAAAUCCGAUCCUCCCGCCACGGUCGAAGAAGCGCUCGAGUUGCAACGAUGCAAAGGGUGGUGGGUCGACGAGCAGGCUCAGACUUGGAAAGAUUUGUGCCGAUCCUGUUGGACUAUGGACAGCGGAUGGACGAGAUCUGCUAUCGCUAAAGAGACCGUGAUUUGGGAACUUGGUCAUUCCUUUAGUCGAGUUUCCAUGCAGCAAGGUCUUGUCCUGAUACAAAACCAAGAUUUACGAAAUAUCUUCGUUAUAAGCUCCAAGGAUCUCGAGCGUUAUGAUUCCCUCGGUUCAUGGGCAACCAUAGACAACAUCGAGACACGACCGUUCAUGGUAGCUUCGGACGGGCAAUUUAUGCUCUUCAAGAAGAGUGCGAGAAUAUACACGAUCUAUUGGCAAAGCAAAGAUUAUGCGUCCUGGAAAAGAAACAAGGGGGUCGCUUCAGAAGUUGAACCGGAAGGCGGUGAGGGAGCCGAUGAACCUAACCAACCGGUGGACGUUCCCCACAAGUUUGCGAAGCACUUGGCCGAAUUAUGUAUUAAUACUAACUGCGAAGCACUGAAAAUGAAAGAUGGAUAUUUGAUGAUGGUGACUUCCCAUCCGACACUCUACAUUUUCGACCUGAACACGGCCCUUGCCGCUGCUAACUCGGACGAGGAAGCGGUAAAGGAAGGAAGCACGUCCGCAGAGGAAGAUAAUUCGGGAGAGCCCUCUAUGGAAUCGCCUACACUCAAGCCCAGUGCUAAACGUGAUUUCCUGUUCACAGUGGAACACACGUCGAUACACCACUUUGUCGCCACCAAAUGUAUCGAUUUUGACGAUCAAUACAUAUUCCAUUGUACAGAUGUUGGGUUCCGCAUCGUCUGUCGUUCCACCUUCAAGGUUCUUUACACAGUACACGAAGCACCCUGGCAAAAGACGCUUCAAUCGCCUGUUCGUUGGGCAAAAUGUAUCACUUCAAAUGCCUACGCUAUUCUGCCUCCGGCUGCCACAUCUGUAUCAUAUAAUCCAAGAACUCCUCCUAUCCACCAGCUCAGAGUGGUCAACGAAGUCAUCAAGCUCGUUGAAGGGACAGCGGUGACCAGAAAAGAUGCACCCUGGAGAUGGGAUGCCAUUGGGUUUCCAGAUUAUCGUAAACUCAUAAGCAAAGAAUGGGAUAUUAACGAUAGACGUGGGUGCUGGCUCAUAGACAUCGGCAGACUUUGUAAUGGAACAGUCUUUGAUGGACGAAGACUCGUUAUCGACGCGUUCGACCACAAUCUCAUUCUCAACGUUCAUGAAUUGUCGGAGAAGUCCGUCUCAUCUGGUACACCAGUCGUUCGGCUCUCCCGUCAUGCAUGGAAAAGCACUGGGCCAUCUGCGAACACUAUGAUUCUGACGAACAGGAGUCUCUCAUUCUUGGGUUCUUAUG